GCUAGCUAGCAAUGAAAGACGUGGAUGUAAAGCGUCUAUCCUAGUCAAAGCUCACCAGAUUACGAUUCCAAAACACAAGCUGCAAACAACAAAAUGGUCUCCGACAAUUCAAGCAACCAAAACCGUCUCCAACAGCUCAAGGCCUUUGACGAAUCCAAAGCUGGUGUCAAAGGGAUCGUUGAUGCGGGCAUCACCAAAAUCCCACCAAUUUUUGUCCGGCCUCCGGCAGAUUACGCCGGCGAUGAUCAAGUUUCCGGCGAGACAACCAAAACCCAUUUCAGUAUUCCGGUGGUGGACCUCGCUGACACUGCCAGCAGGCGACCGGAGGUGAUCGACGGAGUGCGGCGGGCGGCGGAGAGCGUAGGGUUCUUCCAGGUGGUGAACCAUGGGAUACCCAAGAGAGUGUUGGAGGAGAUGUUGGAGGCGGCGCGUGGGUUCCACGAGCUGCCGAGGGAAGCGAAGGCUGAGUACUAUAGUAGGGAGCUGAUGAGGAAAGUCAAGUUUGGGAGCAACUUUGAUUUGUAUCAGUCGAGAUUUGCUAAUUGGAGGGACAGCUUGUUUUGUGUCAUGGGUCCUGACCCUCUUGAUCCUCAAGAGUUGCCUCUGGUUUGCAGAGACAUUACCAUGGAGUAUUCAGAUCAAGUUCACAAACUAGGUGUGACGUUGUUUGAGUUGCUAUCUGAGGCACUUGGGCUCAAACCGGACCACCUUUUAGAAUUGGAUUGUGCAAAGGGGCAUCUUAUUCUUAGUCACUACUAUCCACCAUGCCCUGAGCCUGAACUGACUUUGGGCACAACCAAACACUCUGAUCCGGAUUUUCUCACCAUUCUACUUCAAGACCAUAUUGGUGGCCUCCAAGUUCUGUGUCAAAACCAAUGGAUUGAUGUUCCUCCUGUUCCUGGAGCUUUAGUGGUCAACAUUGGAGAUCUAUUGCAGCUUAUAUCCAAUGACAGAUUCAAAAGCGUAGAGCAUCAAGUGCUUGCCAACCUCGAAGGACCAAGAGUAUCUAUUGCUUGCUUUUUCACCUUGCAUCUUUAUCCAUCAACAAGGUUGUACGGCCCCAUAAACGAAUUGCUGUCAGAAAAUCAUCCCCCUGUAUACAGAGAAACCUCACUUCAAGAUUUCAUUGCUUACUAUGAUGGAAAAGGGCUUGAUGGGAACUCUGCACUAACACAUUUCAAGCAACCAAAUUUGCAAAUUCCUGUCAUAAAUCUCGGUGGCCUCUACGGUGAUCGCCACAAGGAGAUUGUUAAUGAAGUUCGGAUUGCAUCCGAGACAUGGGGUUUCUUCCAAGUGGUCAAUCAUGGAGUUCCAUUGAAUGUGCUUGAAGAUAUGAUCCAAGGCGUAAGGAGGUUUAAUGAGCAAGAUCUUGAGGUGAAGAAAGAGUUCUAUAGUCGUGAUCGAAAGAGAACUGUGAGAUUCAAUAGCAAUUACGAUCUCUACCAGUCAAAAGCAGCUAAUUGGAGGGACACUUUGGCUUUUACCAAGCCCGCAGUUGAUCAUGAACCCCAAGAACUCCCUCAAGUUUGUAGAGAAGUAGCACUUGAGUACACAAACCAUGUCAAAGAGUUGGCAGAUCAACUCUUUGGAUUGUUAUCAGAGGCUCUGGAACUCAAACCGGAUUACCUAACAAGGGAAAUGGAGUGUGCUAAGUUUUAUGCCUGUGUCUGCCACUACUAUCCAGCAUGCCCUGAACCAGAGCUAACUUUGGGAACUAGCAAGCAUUCAGAUCCAGCGUUCCUCACAAUUCUUCUUCAAGACAAAAUCGGUGGCCUUCAAGUCCUUCAUGACAAUCAGUGGGUUAACGUUGACCCCAUUUCAGGAGGCUUAGUAAUAAACAUAGGGGACUUUCUCCAGGCCAUAUCAAAUGACAGGCUCAAGAGUGUUCAACAUAGAGUGCUCACCAACCGUGUUGGUCCACGGGUUUCCGUAGCUUAUUUUUUUAAAGGAGAGACUGCUGCCAAGUCUUAUGGUCCGAUCAAAGAGCUUAUAUCAGAUGAAAACCCUCCUCUCUACAAGGAUUUCUCCAUAGAUGAGUAUCAUGGCAAGUUCUUUUCUCAAGGGCUUGAUGAGAAGUCUGGACUUGACCAGUUCAAGCUAUGAAGCUAGCUACUUCCACUGGCUCAAAUUUUCAAUUUGAAAUAUGUGUCGCUGAAUGAAGUUCCAUUCUGGUACAAUAAAGUUCUAAAGCUAACAACUUAAAAUAGAACUUGUGGCUCUUAGCUUAUGUUCUGUCAAUCUCUCAGUUUGGCUUGUAUUGUAAGAAUGUGAGGGGUACCAACAUGUCUUUUGAACUUUGUAUUACGAGUUACAAGAGAAACUCACUUGUUAUGAUCUAAAGAUGCAAAGCUUUCCGAGCUGGCUUGAAGUUCGUACUUGGAAUGAAACAUCUAUCCCAGACUUAAUAUGAUG